ACUGAGCGCCACGCCGUAUGGAAAUUUGCAUGAAAAUAACACGUUGCGGACAUGCAAAGCAUGUGACGCAUAAAGUUAACCUCUUACACCAAUCUAAAUAUACCUCUUAUUGGCACCUGUAAAGUACUCCAACCUUAUUUUUAUACAUAUCAAAAAUCCACUUAAUUGCUACAUUGCUAAAGAUGAUCAGCUGAAGCUGGUCCGCCGAACACACCUUAAUUAUGACGUGCGUUUCUACAGACGUGUCCACAGCAUGCGGCUUAACAAGACACGUACUAGCUGCUACUCUUCCACCGUUUCCCUCUUCCUCCUCCGUGUACAUACAUAUAAGACACCUCCUUAAUUUGCCAAGUAUAUCCAUUCAUCACUCACCACUACUUUUCUUCGUAUAUAAGGGUAAUGUGCUCUCGUUUUCUGCCUUGUUCAGUUAGAGCUUUGUCUUCCACUUUCACUACUUACCACCUAAUUUCUCCCUGCAGCUUCUUUACUAACAACAACACUAAGAGAAGAAGAUCAUAUCCUCCGGUUAAUAUUAUCGUGAGAUCAAUGGCUUCAGGUGGACAAACAUUCCCACCCCAGAAACAAGAAACUCAGCCUGGCAAGGAACAUGCCAUGGACCCUACUCCUCACUAUUCUAGCCAGGAUUACAAGCCUGCUAAUAAGCUUCGAGGCAAAAUAGCGCUGGUGACCGGAGGCGAUUCCGGGAUUGGACGAGCAGUGUGCCAUUGCUUUGCACUGGAGGGUGCAACUGUGGCCUUCACUUACGUCAAGUCUCAAGAAGAAAAAGAUGCGCAAGACACACUUAAAUUGCUAAUGCAAGCCAAGGCAGCAGAUGCAAAGGACCCAAUGGCGGUGCCAACGGACUUGGGAUUCGAUGACAAUUGCAAGAGAGUGGUUGAUGAGGUUGUGAAUUCCUAUGGCCGGAUUGAUAUUCUGGUGAACAAUGCUGCAGAGCAGUACGAAGCUAGUUCGGUUGAGGAGAUCAAUGAGGAAAGGCUUGAGAGAGUUUUUAGAACUAACAUCUUCUCUUACUUCUUUGUCACUAGGCAUGCUUUGAAACAUAUGAAGGAAGGUAGCAGCAUAAUAAACACAACAUCAGUGAAUGCAUACAAGGGGAAUGCAAAACUUCUUGAUUACACAGCCACAAAGGGUGCAAUUGUUUCAUUUACUAGAGGACUUGCCCUUCAGCUUGUGGAGAGGGGCAUACGCGUUAAUGGUGUUGCCCCUGGCCCAGUUUGGACACCACUGAUUCCAGCUUCGUUUUCUGAAGAGGAAUGUGCAAAUUUUGGCAAACAAGUGCCAAUGAAGAGGGCUGCUCAGCCUAUAGAGGUGGCCCCGUCGUAUGUUUUCCUGGCUUCUUGCCCGGAAUCCUCCUAUAUAACUGGCCAAGUUAUCCACCCUAAUGGUGGGACGAUAGUCAAUGCUUAAAAGUCUCUUUGGGAGCUUUUGUCAGCUUACGUGGAAAGCUUUUAUCUGUUUUGUGUUAAUUUUAAUGUACUAUCUGUGUUUUGUACUAUGGUCUCCACAGUGAAGUGGUAUUAAUAGAAUAAUACUCCACUCAGUAUGUUUAUAAGUUGCAAUGAAAAAUACGCUUUUGUCUCUU